ACAGCUUAGAGAGCCGCCGGUGGCGCACGUGUGACAUUGAAGAGAAAUAAAAAUACAUUUUCGGUGUUCAGCGUUGAGUUAAGGAUACGUCCAAAUGAAUUCUUACCCAAGAGACGAGGAAGGGUAUCCUGUACCAAGUCGAGGAAAGGAAAUAGUUCGAGAACAUAUGGAGAGACGGUUCCCAGGACGGCGUUUCUCGAUAUAUAAGACGUUACGCUGGCUGGAACAUCCCCUCACAGGGCGCAAUUUACAUCUGAACUGCUACAACGAGGAGUUGCGACUCGCCGUUGAGUACUACGGCAGGCAGCACUAUGAGUUCGUGCCGGACAUGCACGAAAGAUGGUCCGCCUUCAAGUACCAACAAUAUCGAGAUGCGGUGAAGCAAGAACUGUGUGAGGAGAACAAUGUACAUCUGAUUAUUGUGAAUAGUAUGAAAGUAGGUCUUGACGAGAUUUCUGAUUACAUUGACGGAGAACUGAAAAAAAUUUCUGAUAAGAAAGUCGAUCCCGAUGAGGAAAUCGAUUCUGAUGAGGAAAUCGAUUCUGAUGAGGAAGUCGAUCCGGAUGAGGAAAUCGUAUCUGACACAGAUCCUGUAAACUAGUGGUUUCGCAUGCAGCACAGGAGUUUUGCUGGUCGUCGCUUGCGCGUAGCAUGCGUGUCGCGCGCGAGUGCGGGUCGCUUUAUAUUACUAUUAUUAUUAUUACAUCUAUUUUAGACUCUCGCCUCUCCCGAGGCCGAAAAGAUUAAUUAUUAUAAUAAUAAUAAUAAAAAGACUUUGUUAUUUGUAUUUUCGCACCUUCAAAAACAAAUCUUUUGAAAGAUGUUAAAGAAAGGCUUCAAAAAUUGAGCGUAGCCUUAAUCUGCUCAUAGAACAUCCCAUACAAAAAGACAAUUUUUUAUGUUUGAUAAAAAUACCUUCUUAGUUUGUAAUAAAACUUCAUUAAUUUUUUUGAGUACUUUAUUGACCGUAGCAGCAGAUUACAAAAAAAAACAGUUAUUUUAAUAAACGUCGCGGCGGUCUUGCUCGUGCGCGCCCGCCGCGCGCGCGUAUUCGGACGCACACGUUCGCACAAUCUAGCGAUGCACUAGCGUUGCACAACACUAGUCGUCCCAACGCGCCUUUCAUUAUUAUGCGAAUGUGUGCGUCCGUACACGGUUGCGCACACAUACAAGCCGCGCUGUUAAUUGGUACGGGGUUACCCGUCUUGUUUUAUUCUACUAUUUAUUACGGACCCUCGGGUCUACUCCCGUGCUCCGUCCGCGAUCCAUCCGAAACAACAAUUACUGUCAAAUAAGUAAUACUCGGCCAAAUGAAAAGACAGUGUCAAGUAUGAAGCUUCAAUCGCAUCAUGCGUAAAGACGCAUGAUGUGAAUGAAGCUUCAUAAUUAAAAGUAAUUAGGUUGAGUAUUACUCAUUGGAUAAUAUUGUUUCGGACGGAGAACGAGAGUCCACCCCCUGAUAUGUAGCAAUAAAGUGUAAUAACUUUGUCGUUUUAUUCCUGUACGCACCUGAUUAUAAAAUUAAAAAGAAAUACUAUAAAUCAUUUAACAAACAAACCAAUAAAUGUCGAGUUCUGUUGUCGCGAUUGUUGCACAUGCACGUUUGAUUGUUUGAAAAAACAAAUAUACGCAAUUAAGAUCUGAAAAAAGUUUCAUUUCCUAAGCCAAUAAUAAUAU